UAAAACUACAUUUCCCAAGAAUCCCUGCGCGCACUGGGAGCCUGAGAGUUUUAACACGCGGCUCUGAGAGCGUGGUUCGGAGUUUGGGCAGCUGGUGCGGCAGUUUGCGAGAUGCCCAAGGCUAAGGGAAAAACUCGGAGGCAGAAGUUCGGUUACAAUGUCAACCGAAAGCGUCUGAACCGGAAUGCUCGUCGGAAGGCAGCGCCACGGAUCGAGUGCUCCCACAUCCGACAUGCCUGGGACCACACCAAAUCCGUGCGGCAGAACCUGGCGGAGAUGGGCUUGGCCACGGACCCCAACAAGGCGGUUCCCCUCCGUAAAAGGAAGGUAAAGGCCAUGGAGGUGGACACGGAGGAGAGACCCAGGGAUCUUGUCCGGAAGCCCUAUGUGGUAAAUGAACUGGAGGCAGAAGCCAGCCUCCCAGAGAAGAAAGGAAACACGUUGUCUCGGGAUCUCAUCGACUAUGUUCAGUACAUGGUGGAGAAUCACGGGGAGGACUAUAAGGCCAUGGCCCGGGAUGAAAAGAAUUACUAUCAAGACACCCCAAAACAGAUUCGGAAUAAGAUCAAUGUCUAUAAGCGCUUUUACCCAACGGAAUGGCAAGCCUUCAUUGAUUCUUUGCAGAGUAAGAAGAUGGAGGUAGACUGAGUGGUGCAUGCCCCCAGACCUAGGUCUACUGGACCAAUGAUACCAAACCCAGGCUGUAAGGCAAGGGAUGUAGAGUUUCAGUGAUGCUGGCUACGUUCAGUGGAAUCAGGUUUUACAUGUGUACUGUCUGUCUUUUCCUCUGCCCCGCUUCUUCUGAAGAAGGAACGCUCGUUUUGUUUUGUAAUUUUUUGAGAGAGAAUAUUAUUCUCUCUAAUAGCCUUAACUGUCCUAGAACUCUGUGUAAACUAGGUUGGCCUUGAACUCACAGAGAUCUACCUGCCUCUGCCUCCAAGUACUGGGAUUAAAGGCGUGCUCCACCACCACCUGGAGGGGAGGGAACCGUUUGGAGGCCAUCGUUCAUGUUCUGUGGGGAGCUUACAGAGAGCCAGGGCCUGCUGUUCUGUGUUGAGAGGGGAUGCUCUAUUUCAGUGUUCUGUACAUGAUAAAGGGGGAU